AUGUCCAAAUCGUCUACACAAAGUGUACAGGACUAUUCAAACGCUGUUGAAGCUCUUCGGUCAAAUGCGCAGGAGCUCAAAGUCCUAGAUGCUGAAUUUGCCGCCGCGAUCAUGUGCCUUUUCUUAGCUGAAGUCAUGCUUCCAGACUCUCGCUUUGGUCUUGCAAUGCAUAUCAAUGGUGUGGCACAAUUAUUCCAAGCUAGUGGGCCCAGCAUGUUCAAAUCGGGAGCUCUACAAAGUUUGUUUGUGGGCUUCAGGCCUCUAUUUAUGGUGCAAAGUGUCCAGUCACGAAAAUCAGCAUUCAUGGCAUCAAAAGAUUGGAUUGACAUUCCGUUCUCCGCUUCUCCGCCAUCACUCAUGCAACAGUUGAUAAACGUGACCCUUGUCCUGCCAUCACUCCUUGAACGAGUGGAUAAUCUUGCCGAGCUAUCAAUUGCACCGCAGAAUUCUGAAGUAUCGGAUUUAUGGCAGUCUUUUUUGAAUUUGGAUUCACGGUUGGAAGACUGGGAGGAAUCUCUGCAUGAGCAGUCGAUGUGGAGUCAACCCUUGGACUCAGAUUCCAGGCCACCACUUCUAGAAGCUGAUAUCUGGUUUACAGACAUCACCAUGGCCAACUUUUACAUGCAUAUUUGGGCAUUUCAGAUCAUUUGCAUCCUUGAACUCAGUCACCUAGCAAGUGUCCACACUUCGACGUCUUGGACUUUGCCAAAAGGCCCCAAAACUAUACAAGCAGCUUCACGAAAGAUAUGCCUCAGCAUGAACUAUCUCUUACAGGAUGAGAUGAAACUCUUUGGGCCAGCUUCAGCAAUGCUCCCUUUGCAGACAGCUUACAAGGUGUUCAGUGAGGAUAAAUGCAAGUACACCUGUGAGCUGAAAUAUCUCGAAGGAAUAGUGGAUUGUUUGGUCAAGAAAGGACUCAAAUCAACGCCUGACAUUGUUUAUGCCUAA